GAAGUCUGCUGGGCCUGUGGGUCUCUCCCUGGCCGGGGAUUGAACUCACGCUGAAGGAGCAGGUAGCAUCGUAGAGCUGCACCUUAACCCUCUGCGCCACCAGGGACCCCAAGCCUAGGGCUGCAGGCAGCUUCUAGAAAGGCAAAGAAACCUAUGUCCCCUCUCUCCAGCAAGACCCAGUCCUGAGAAUCUAGUUCAGCCUCUGGCCUCCAGAACUGUGGCUGUAUCUGUGCUGCGUUCAAGACUAACGAGCGGCAACGUGUGGCAUUAACAGGGCGCUAGGGAGCGUCGGCUGCCUUGCAAGGUGGCCGUGAGCUCCGAGCCCGCGUGGGGAAGAGCCUGGCCCAGGGCACGGAUCGGUAGAGCCACACAGCCCCGGGACUCCCCCUCGGGGCCAGGAGCGUGGACAGAUCUACCACGCGGCUCGAUGCCUGUGCUACGAAGUGAACCACAGGCUCCCUGGCCCGCCCCUGGCACGUGUGGGGCUGCCAAGGUGGGCUCCCAGGAGACCCUCAGCCCUCGGCCCUGGAGGGCGGGAGGUGCAGGUGGGGACCCUGAUCCUCCUCCCGGGCGCCGUGGCCAUGUGCGCUGGGGGCCACUUCCUGCUCUUGUCCCGGGGAGCUUCCGUGUCUGCACCGGGCAUGGGCUCCUCCUUCCAAACUCUCUGGCCCUUGGACUGGCACGCGGAGGUGGCGCGUGGCGCCUGCUGUCCGCUGUCCUGGCAGGGGCUCCCGGGCUCCUCUGGGCAGGGCCGGCGUGGUGUGCAGUCUCCUCAGCAGCGGCCGCAGCUCUGUGCUCUGUCCUGGGCCCUGGGCCCUGGCCUUGCAUCAGCGGUCCAAUGGCCUCUCCAGCAUGGGGGCAGGAGGCGCUGGGCGGAGCAGCAAGGUGCUGGGCCCCGCCCUUUCCCCUCCGGGCUCUCGAAGGCCCCCUGGCCCGUGGCCAGCACCCUGCCCCCUCUCCCGGCACCUCAGACGCUGCCCCCUCCGGCCCUUCACAGGGACGUUCGUCUCCGCCUUCACCGUGCUGUGCGGAGCCCGCACCGACCUCCCAGACAGGCACGUGUGCUGCGUCUUCUGGCUGAACAUCGCCGCGGCCCUCAUCCAGAUCCUCACGGCCAUCGUCAUGGUGGGCUGGAUCAUGAGCAUCUUCUGGGGCAUGGACAUGGUCAUCCUCGCCAUCUCGCAAGGCUACAAGGAGCAAGGCAUCCCGCAGCAGCUGUGAGGCUGUGGCAGCCGCCAGAGAGGCCCUGAAGUUUGCACCAGGCGGCGCUGGACACGAGGACCUUUACGUGUUUUCUUCUGCUGCUUGCUGGGCUGGGAGUGGAAAGCGGAUCUUUAAAAACACUCACUGCUCGCUGUGGAAAUGCAUCCCGUUAUCAGUAGGCUGAGGGCCGCCAGCCCCACCCCCUGCUCAUUGGGCACAGGCACCCAGGUCUCCAGGGCGGUGGGGCGUGGGGUGACCGGACGCUGAUGGAGGCUGGGAGGCUCCGGCUCGCCCCGCCACCCACGGGCCCUGCCUUGUGAGGGCCCUGGAGCUGCCAGCGGGGCGCACCCUUCCUCUGGGGCCCUGGCCUGCCAGAGCGGUCAUCCGUCAGGGCAGGGGUGUGGAUGGACAGACGCCAGCCAGUGUGGAAAGGCCCGCUGCGUUCUCACCUGCAGGGUGGGGGCUCCCCCGCCGCCCCCCCUGAAGCCCCUGCCUUUGUGUGCUCUGAGCUUUGGUCCCAGGGAAGGAGCCAGAAGGGCCAAAACUGCUGGACGCACCAGAUGUCCACACGCAAACCCAGGUCUGACUGCCACGCUGGCGACCUUUCCCGUCCCAGAGAGCAUGACCUCUGCACCACAGUCCUCUGUGGGAUCCUGGGGGCCGGGGGGCCUCUGGCUGCAGACGCUGAGGGUGAAGGAAGGGAGUGGGAGCCGUCCACUCCGCGCCCCUCACGUCUGACAGGGCCGGGGGCGCGCCCCGGCGUCAGACACGCGACGGUCUCUGUGCAGAACAUGUGAACAGUCAGAGGAAUUGAGAGCUACAGUCCCCUUCAACAGCCUCCCCGCAGCUCAGGUCAGGCUUUGCCAGCGUGCAAGUCACGGGAGCGAGCGCAUCGUUCGGGAGUCUCACGGGGCUCAGAAUUAAGGGGGAAGCGCGUGGGGACGUGGACCUCUGUCUCGCCAUCGAAGCCGUCGGACGACACGCGGGCUGCUCGGGGCUUCCAGUCUGCGGAGGCUGUGGCAGGCACCUGCCACGAGGUCCACCUGAAGCCCAGGGACGGAGGCUCACGCUACAGCGGCCUGACGGACCGCACCCGCGGGCCCGUUUGCGUGUUCAGUGGCGCGCAGGAGCAUAAACGUGCGACUGGUCGGGAGCCAGCUUCCCGGCCUGGGCAUCGUGCUCUUGGCCUCCCUGCCUGGGAGGGACUCAAUUCAGCCAGCGGUGGAGAAGCCACACCGGCGUGGUCACGGACGGUCAGUUCGGACAGUCCGCGCGCACGGGGGUGGGCCUCAGGCCCUCGCCCCCGGGUUCACGUGCCGAGUCCUGGCCUGCCUCCCCUGCUCCUGGCCUGUCCGGCUCUGCCGUCCACCCCUGGCUCCCAUGGACAGCCGGUCCCUCUUCCCACCCGGGCCGCGGUUGCCCUUUCGGAGCAGCUGACCGCGUCUCUCCCUGCCGUCCCUUCUUCCCGACCCCAACUGAGGCCUCCGAUUUGGAAGCGCCUGUGUUUUCAGGCACGAGCCCAGAUUUGAUUUGUUGGGGAAGUCAAACCCCUUCUCGUGGGAAGGCCCAGGAGAGACGGGCCUCGAGGAAGCUGCCCCCCGACAGAGCCCCCCCGAGAAUCAGAUGCAACCGCUCCAGCUGAGGGCAGUAAGGCCCAGCCCCCCUCCCACGGCCCUUCACCCCAACAGCUCCAGGGCGUGCCCGCUCCUGCAGUGAUGGCAGGCCUCAGGUGGGGGCUGCGCCCACGAGAGAGGGGGGGACUUCUUUUCCUGGCUCGGGCUGGGGGUGGCUGCUGAGGGCGUAGAGAAGAGCGACAGUGAAUGCCGCAUGUUUAGUGACACAACCAGACGCAGGUGGGAUUUUCGCGAGUGCCAGGUGCCAGUCAGCAGUGUGGCUGGCAGACAGGGGUCUGCUCCACGCGCACAGCCGUGCCUCGCCCCCCGGCCCCCGCAGGGGGUCUUCACGCUUGAGGAGAACCAGCUGCUCGGGGAGAAGCCUCUCUCCUACCCAUCCAGGUGAGGAGGCUGAAGCAACCACGAGGACCACACCUGUGUUCUCAGCAGCUGACUCGGGGCUGCAGGGUCAAAACGGCGACUCUGACUCAGACCAGCACACGGUCUCGGCCGCCCUGUCUUCAUUCAAGGGUCAGUGGCUAGUGGAUUCCAGGUGGUCUGAGCUAUCCACGCGGGCUGAGCUAACUAUCAAACACCGGCCAGCUGGAAAGCAGGCCUGUCCUGCCAGCCAGAGCUGGGCUGACAGGCAGCCAGCCACAGGGCGCAGGCUCCUGACCCCCGCCGCUGCCCUCAGCAGCGGACUUCGUGGGUCGGCCUGUUCUGCUCCCCGCUCUGUCUCGGGUGAAGCCUCUCACCCACCCCACCUCUGGCCUGUACCCUGGUUCCUGUGUGCAUACAUAAAUAAAUAAAUAAAUAAGAGUGCAGAAAGGAAGAAGGUCACGUGGCGAGCUUCUCCUCGAGGGAACGGGCCUUCACGCAGGAGCACGCAACUGCGCCCUAUGCCAGCCCGAGCCGCGGCUGACCCCAGGGCCGGGACGGACCAGCCCCGGGAGGGGACGAGGGCUGGGCCGACGUGGUUCUUCUGGGCCGGCCGCCUCUGAGGCCCGGCGCACGUGCUCUUGAGUGAACAGCCUGCCUGCCUGGCCGGGGGAGCUUGCGAGGGUCACCUCAGGUCCUCUGGGGUCCUCGGGCCGCCGGCCAGAACGGUCCAGCUGGCUCCAGGGCCACCGCAGCUUUCCACGCCACUGGCUCUUCCAUCCAGCGGGCAAAGGGGGCCCCCGUGCAGUGGCAACUGCUCGCGUGGCUGACGGUAGAUGCCCCAGCUGGCGGUGGCGACGCCGUGGCAUUGCUUCCUCUCGCUGGCGUGCCUGGAGCGGCAUGAGCGUGUCUAAGCCACACCGGCCUCCCUAGAGACGCUGAACCCUCCCUUCUGCUGCCGCCACCGCCAGGCCCUCAGGACCGAGCUGAACAGGCAGGUCAGCCAGAAUCCUCAGAGGGCCACUGCUCUGGCGCCCCUGUCUGCCUAGAGGCUGCCUAGAGGCCUCCAUGCUGUCCUCGGCCGAAAAGAGGGUGCCCACGUCCGAGGACGACCUUUCCGUGGGCCUCAAGUUCACCCUUCGAGGCUCCGGAGGUGACAGCUGUGUCUCAGGCGGACCUUGGUCACUGCCGAAGCCAGGCCUCCAAGCCAAGGCCGCACGAGGACCCCAGCACUAUCGGGGUCGCCGGACACCUCAGGGUACACUUGAUUCUGUGCGUUUCCAAGCCUUUCCCGGGCUCAGAUUAUGCCAAGUAUUUCACGGGCUCGGGAGCGCCUCGGGGCCUCGGCAGAGAAGUCAGAGCUGUCCCACCAGAGGUGUGAUGGGCUGAGUCAGCGAAAGCCGCUACCCUGCAGGUGUGAACGAAAGGAGCCUCCAGGCCACGGCCCCUCCCGCCCCUCUGCUCGUCCUGGGCGGGUGGUUGAGCUGACCGGCACUGCCUUCCCGGAGCUUCAGAGAGCUUUCCCGAGAGGAAGGUCUUGAUGAGCGGCCAGCCACCGGCCUGCGCCCCCAGGCCUCAGGCUCGGAGAAAGGCCCGUGCUUGUCCGUGGCCAGUCACAAGAAGGGGCGUGGGGGCACAAGGGGGUGAGGAGGUGGGGGGAGACCGAAAUGGAGCCCAACCUGCGUGGAAGGGAACUGGGGUGCGUCCCGGCUUGGGUCUGUCACCGCCCGCGAGACCUGAGUCGCUUUACGGACAGGCGCAGGGGAGAAGGGGAGGGCAGCUCUCCCGGGAAGCAGCGGGCCAGGCCGCCCUGCUGUGUCCUGGCCGCCCCACCGACUCCCGCUCAAGCCUCAUGGAAAAUUCCAGUGCGAGCCAGCGGAGAGCCUCCAGGCCAGCUGCAGCCAGGGGCGUUUUCACACAGUGACGUAGCCCAGGAGUUACUGAAGCGGUCACUCGGCUGGUGGCAGGGGGAAAGGGGGCCCCCCGCCCCCGCCAAAAGAGAGAAGACAGCCACUGCAGUCGCGUGGACGGGGUACAUCUCCCGGCCCAGGCGGCGGCCUGCCCUGCCCACUGGCAGCUUCUGCGGCCUGCGGCCCGCCGUCCCUGCUGGACCUGGGGCGCUCCCUGGUGCAGGCCUCCUCCCUGCGGGGUGCCCAGCCGAGGCCCGGGGAGUGGCCCCGGGGAGCGUCCUCAGCGGUGGCCUGUGCUCAGGAGGGGCAGUAUUUAUAUUUUUGUUAAAA